AUGCGAGAGAGCGUGUUUGAUACUAUCCUCCUGGUGGCGACCCUGGUGCUGUUGCUCGGCUGCCACGGCUGGGUAGCACGAGCGCAAGGCAGCGAUUGCAUCCACGAUCCGAGCAAUGUGACAUGCACCAACUUCACCAUGCCCUCAGCCCUCGUGCAGCAAGGGAUAAGCGGCAACUGCCAAAUGAUGCCCAACAUGGUCGGUUGCACCGUCGAGCGCAUUUGCACAUCUCCAGAUUCAUCGCGAGGUGUCACAAGAAGCCCCUACUGCGCUGAAUUCUCUGUCCUCAAGGAUCUGUGCGUCGACAUGCCUGGUAUGUCCCCAUGCAAGAACUACACGAGCAUGUGCUCCAACGUGUCGGUUGUUGCGGAGUGUAGCAUGAAGUCACUGCCUUUGCCCAAGACGAUGGCACUCUCCAACACUGUAGAGAAGAUGUGCGACGCGAUGUACAUGGAGCCGUGCAGCAAGUGCAAGAAGCAGGGCAAAAUGCUUCAAUGCGAUCUGCUGCAAGUGUACAGCGACCUCUGCUUGUCCAUGUGGAUGGAUGGAUGCGAAGAGUGGCAGAACCUGUGCAAAGUGAUUCCCGAUUGGCCGCUCUGUGCCUCCGGCCCCGGUGAGGAGAUGCCCAUGAUGAGGAUGUACUUCCACAACAGUCUGCUAGACUAUGUGCUAUUCAAGGAGUGGGUGCCGCGAAACUGGUGGCAGUACACAUUGACCAUCAUCGCCAUCAUCCUCCUGGGCAUAUUCUACGAGCUGCUCAAGGUGGGCCGAUCGAUCUGGGAGGGCUACAUGAGCAAGCGCAGGGAGGCCGAGGUUUUGGGGUUCGCUAUUCAAAGGCAAGCCCAGUUCCCUUCCUCAUCAGGAAGGGAUCCCUUGUUUCGAGCCGCCCGCACUUACGGAUCGUUCGUGGGCAGGGAGGACCACCACGGCAUUCACAGCGGGUUGGACGAUGCGGACUUGGGCCACGACCACAAGCACCACCAUCAUCAGUCGCGAUCCAGCUCUGUGUGGGAGAGUAUCAAGGGCUGGGACUGGAAGGUGGAGAUCCCACGGGCCACGAUGGCCUUUGUGGAGACGCUGAUCGGACUGGUCCUCAUGUUGGUCGCGAUGACCUUCAACGUAGGCCUCUUCCUCGCCGUGUGCGCCGGUGCCUUCCUUGGUUCCCUCUUCUUUGGUCGAUUCGCCAACUUCGCUCACAUGAAACAAGGAUGCCACUAA